UCGCAAUUUCGGAUUUGUUUUCCUCGAUUUAUAAUCCGAUUUUGACAAGUUGCUCAUGACGGUGCUGUUAAACAAAUUUUACAGCAAUGACUGGUUUACUAAAUAAUGGCUGAGAGUGGAGAUCAAAAGCAGGAUGUCUUUCAGGAAGAAAGACUUCUGCUGAAGCUGGAGACAUGUAUGCAGAUUUACAGUUGGGACUGUGGACUGGCCUGCUGUUGUAUGGUGCUAAGAUAUUUGGGAAAAGAUGAUUCCUGUGUUUAUACCAGUGAUCUGGAUGAACUUCAGUGUGGUCAAAGUAUAUGGACCAUUGAUUUGGGAUAUCUUUUACUUAAGUACAAAGUCAGGGUAGAAUUCUCCACGAUUACUCUGGGGGUGGACGACCAAUAUGCCAGAAAGCCAUUCUAUAUGCGUAAUUUUGACAAAGAUGCUGAAAGGGUUGGCAGAAAGUUUGCUGAGGCUUCCCAAUCAGGACUUGAUGUUUCCAAAAGGUCUUUAAGCAUGAAAGACAUAAUAAGUCACCUAUCAGGGGGCAAUCUGAUGAUAUGCCUGGUUGAUUGGAGCUCACUUGAGUGUAUGUGGUGUGACAGGGUGAAGCAGCAUUGUUUAAACUGGUGUGGGCAUUGUUGCAAAACAUAUCAGGGUCACUAUGUUGUGGUGUGUGGAUUUGACUUGAAAAAGAAAUGGAUUUUUUAUAAAAAUCCUUCCUAUGAUGAGGAUAUGUGCUGUUCCCGGAUGGACAAGUUUGACAAAGCUCGCAAGAGCCAUGGAACAGAUGAAGACAUACUGCUCAUAUACAAACCACAAAGUAAGGGGGAAGACACCCUCAGAUCCUAGAUCAAUGAGAGGACCUUAUUGCUGUCCAUACCCUUUAAGUAUAUGCAUUCAUUCCCCCCUAUGUACUUUAUGUAUUAAAUUCGUCUCAACCCCCAUUUUUUUAAGUAUUAAAAACUUGUUAAUUUUUUCUCCUGAGGUAUCAUUUUAGAAAUGUGCUCAAAAUGUAUUUGAAACUUGAGAAGUAUUUGAAAAGAUCUAACUUUACAUCUUAACUUGAAAUGAUAUAAUAGAGGUCUUGCUUGUCAAAAAUUUCAUGUACUGUCAAGAAAAUAAAUUGUUCAAGUAGAUUUACUAGAAGAAUGUUUUUAAUAUUUGUAAUAAAUGGUAUUAUGUUGGAAAUGUGCUUUGAAUAUUUUUGAAACUAGAGAAAUUAUUAAAAAUAUAUACAUGUAAUUUUACUUCUUGACUUCAACAUUCUAGAGGUUUCUAGAGGUUGUCAACAACCUUAUGUACUGGUGUGGGAAUACAUCAGAGUUGAAUGCACCAACUGGUUCAUUAAUUUAAUACAAGUAUAUGUUAUUUAUAUUUAAAAGAGCUUGUUUAUCAUAUUGAUAUUUUCAUUGCUACAUUAUAUUUUACUAUGCAUAAUUAUAAAAGGACAUGCUAGUCUUCAAGUGUUUUAUAAAAAAAAAUUAAUAAUUGUGUUCAAAACAGUUGUAUGUAAAACUUGAUAUAAUUUUAAUGUUAAUAAAAUGAUAUACAUGUAUAAUAUACUGUCUGUAUUCUAAGUCAAAAUGCAACCAAUUGAUACCUCAAUUGCUUUAUGCAAAUUGUACCAAUUUACAAAAGGCAUUGACUGAAUUAGUUUACACAGGAGAUGGAAUAUACAUGUAUAUAGAUUUCACUUGAGUUUCCCAAUGAAGGAAAUGCUUACUGAUUUCCCCUGUGUGAUUUUACAUUUCACUAUUUUCACUUCCUUAUAUAAUAAUUUUGCUAAGUUUCAAGUGACAAAAAAAAUUAAAGGCCCUUGUUUUAAGUUAUUAUUCAGAGUUUCUGUGUUCAUAAAAGCUGCUUUGGAAAAUCAUAUAGGAAAAGAAUGAUAUGCUUAGGACUUAUAAUUACUUUCAAAAUAAGCAUGUGUUGGAGGCAAAGUAUUACAUGUAAUACUUUUCUCUAUAUGUUUAGUAUUCAGUAAGCAGAACAUUUUGAACAAUAAUGUUUAAUAGUACGUACAUGUAGUAUCAUGGCCUAAAGCCCUGAAUUCUUUUUACAAUUUUUUUAACAUAUAGUAUACACAGAAAUGUACAGAAUAGUACUUGUAUGUAUUGUAUUAAACUAAGUUGUUUUGCCAAAAUUAAAAGGAGGGAAAAUAUGAGCUGAAGAAAGUCUGGUUGUGAGGAUUUCAAAACUAUAUUUUUGUAUAAAGCCGAUCUCUAUAAUUGUUGCUUCAAUAUAUUAUGUAACUUUUAAUUGCUAAUAAAUAUAUUGGUAAGUUCAA